GCGGAAAAGCAUUCGGCUCCUGGACUUCGAAGGUCCUUGCACGUGCUUCAUGAGAUUUAAUGAGCAUGUUGCAUGUUGGCAUCGUUUUUCAACCAAUUCAGACGCGGGCUCGGUAGGUGUCUGGAUUCUCCAACAAGCAAUGCUUGAGCUCCUGUGACCGGAUAAUUCUGCGCACAUGGGCGCUUGGAGUUUAUGGAAGGAGUCGUGAGACACGUCGCGUGCUCAGAGGUCAUGUCUUGCUGUUGUUUGACUUCGACUCAAGCUGCUCAAGCUCAUCAGCUCACGUACGACUCGCAUCCGAAGGUGCAGGAACUCAGCAGCGAUCUUUGGUUGGUCCCCGUGCCAGCGCCACCCACUUCUCGAGAGGCCACGAGCCGAAGCGUGAUCAGUUCCAGCGGUGCUGAAAUGCUCUCCAGUCGCUCACAGGCCACGAUGUCCUCGCGGCCGGUGAUGCCCCGAAGGCCCUUGUCCGCCGAGGAGCAGCAAUCCGAACGUGAACGGAUGCAUGAUAUGGUCCGAGAGUUUGCGAAGCUGGCAGUGAAGGGCCUGAAUUGUCAGAUGCUGACGAUGGGUGGUCCACCACGUUCCUGUAGCUACUGCUUCGACAAGGUGCUUCGCCGCUUUACGAUUUCGGUGGAGGGCGAGCCCUACCUGGACCUCCAGCUGGAGCAAGUGGUGGAUGUCAAGAAGGAUGUGAUGAACACGCCUUUCGCCGAGCUUCUCAGCUUGCCGCCGCCGCAUUCGGUCUCCGGAGAGCUUCUGAAGAAGAGGGUGGUGUGCUUGAGCUACAAAUCCAAACUUCAGGAGGAAGUCGUGGCCCUGUUGAUGCCCAACCAGUACGAUCAGGAGCGAUUCUACAGCUGCAUGAAGAUCCUCAGGUGGGCCCUGGAGAUGGAGAUGAAGCCCCGAAAGAGUGAGGCACAAUGCUAGGAGAGAACGCCCAGGACCAUGGGGGUUUGGAUGUCCUUAGGUCCUUCUCCUUUUCC